AUGACUGACAGAAAACAGAGAACAUUCAAACCACGAAUUAAUCCCUUAGAAUCAAUGACAGCAGCAGAACCGCAGCACAGAUUUAGAUUUGAUCAGGAAGGAAUUGAAUUUAUAACAGAUUUAAUUCAAAAUGACAUUAUGCCUUUGACCAACAGAAAUCACAGUGUACCUGCAAUUGUGCAAGUCAUGGUUGCCUUGAGAUACUAUGCUACAGGUAAGAUGCAGCUAUGUAGUGGUGACAACUUUGGUCUUCACCAGUCAACGGUUUCAAGAAUAAUUCAAAGAGUUACUACCGCUCUUGUUCAACCAAAUAUUGUCAAGCGAUUCGUUUCCUUUCCAAUGGACCCAGGAACUAUUCGAAAGCACCAGGUUGACUUUUUUGCCAUUGCUGGUUUCCCUGGCGUGGUUGGGGCGAUUGAUGGAACUCAUGUGCGAAUUAUAGCUCCCAGUGAACACGAAGUGGAGUAUGUCAACCGGAAAAACUUUCACAGUAUAAAUGUACAGAUUGUAUGUGAUGCUAGUUAUAAGAUUUUAGACAUCGUGGCAAGCUGGCCGGGAGCGACUCACGAUGCCAGAAUACUGAGGGAGAGUGGUCUAUUUCAGCUCUUUCAACGACGUUUAUUGCCCGUGAAAUGCCAUCUUCUCGGUGAUAGCGGUUAUCCUGGGAAAGACUGGCUGCUGACACCUUUUUUAAAUCCACAAGCUGGUCCACAGUCACGGUACAACAGACGGUUCCAUGUUCUUCAUGGAGAAAUACGUCAGCAUCCUCAACGUGCCAGCAAUGUCAUCAUAGCAUGCGGAGUUUUACAUAACAUCGCAAAAAUGUUCAAUCUGCCCCUCCCUGACGAUGAUGACAACGCAGAGGCUUACAAUGACAAUGGAAAUGCCAAUGACCACAUGGCUGCAGAUAUCCAGGGUACAGAUGGUCGAGCUUACAGAAAUCACAUUGUUUCUGCUCAUUUUAUGUAA